CCCGCCCAGACCCCCCGUCUGCAGCUCCUGUCUGGUCCGCAGGUGGGACAGGUAGACAGUGUCUCCAUCCCCAGAGGUUCCGUGUCCUCAGAGGGGAACACGGAAGAUGAAACCGGGGACAGCGUGGGCUCCAUCCUCCAGAGGAUCGCCUCCUUCUCUCAGUCUACGCACCACACCAGCACCAACGGCACCUGUGCGUUGCCCAGACGAAUGAUCCAACCACCCGAAGGACAGCACAAAGACAGUGCUGGAGACCUGGAGCGUGACGUCCCCAUGGAGGACACAGAUGCCCCACCCACUACCGUGACCACUGCCUCCUCUACAACCCCCUCCACAACCACCCCCAUUCCAACCGCCCCCACAACCAAGAGCAACCACUCUGAGCCUGGAUAUGAGGACGGACAGGACCAAAACCACUGUGGAGACCAGCAGAGAGAGCAGAGGGAGGUGAUCAUGCCAGCCCUAAAUGACCACAGUGAGGGGCCCCCAGGAGACAGUGAGGGGCCCUGGGACUCUAGCAGGGCCCAGCACCCGGAGAAUGGUGUGCACCUGGAACCCCAACCCGCACACUGCUCUUCCCCUGACCAGGACAUGAGCUACAUUAGCGGGGCAGACCUGUUCGGAUACGUGGGCAUCGAGGCCGUCCUGGACCAGAUGAGACACAAAACCAUGAAGGCCGGUUUUGAGUUCAACAUCAUGGUGGUUGGUCAGAGCGGUCUGGGGAAGUCCACACUGGUAAACACUUUGUUUAAGUCUCGAGUGAGCCGAAAGUCCUGCUCCAGCCUGCACCAGGAGAGGAUUCCAAAGACUGUCCGCAUCCACGCAGUCAGCCACAUGAUUGAGGAGAAGGGUGUGAAGAUGAAGUUGACCGUGGUGGACACUCCAGGCUUUGGAGACCACAUCAACAACAACAAUUGCUGGGAGCCCAUCGUGUCCUAUGUGAAUGAGCAGUAUGAGAAGUACCUGAGGGAAGAGCUCAACGUGAUGCGCAAGCGCCGCAUUCCUGACACCAGGGUGCACUGCUGUGUCUACUUCCUUCCCCCCACUGGACACAGGUUACGGGCCAUAGACUUGGAGUUCAUGAAACACUUGGGGAGCAUCGUUAGCAUUGUGCCAGUCAUUGCUAAAGCCGACACGCUAACUCUGGAAGAGCGGCUCGACUUUAAGCACAGGAUCCGGCAAGACCUAGCGGCUAAUGGCAUCCAGGUGUACCCCCAGAAACAGUACGACGAGGACCCUGAGGAGAGCAUUCUCAACAACAGCAUUAGGGAGUGCAUCCCCUUUGCAGUGGUGGGCACUGACAGGGAGCACCAGGUCAACGGCAACAAAGUCCUGGGACGCAAGACCAAGUGGGGAAUCAUUGAAGUUGAAAACGCAGCUCACUGUGAAUUCUCCCAUCUGAGAGAUCUGCUCAUCAGGUCUCAUCUCCAGGACCUGAAGGACGUCACUCAUAACAUCCUGUAUGAGACGUACCGUGUUCGGAGACUCAACCAGGCCAACGUGGACUUCAGCGAGCUGGGUCUGCCCCCAUCUGGGUCCCCCCUGUACUCCAGCAUGUGCUCCACCCUCUGCUCCGGGACCCAGGACACAUGUGAGGGCGAAAGCCAGCUGUGACCCGCUCAUCUCCACGCAUAUUUGACCCCACCCAUGUGUGGACGCCACCUCUUGCGACUCCGCCCCUGCACUCCUCAGACCUAUCAGAGCAGAGAAAAUCAGCUAUAACCCCACCUCCUUGUAACUCUAGACCCCCAACACUCCGGGCCAAUCAAAUCAGAGAAAGUAACUAGUGACCCUGCAAAUUGUCUGCUCUGGACCAAUGAGAGCAGAGAGUUCCACCUGUGACCACGUUCCCACACCUCCCUGGACCAAUCGCAACUUAAAGUGUGGUGCCUGUGACUCUGCCUUCUGUAGCUCCACCCAUACAGUGCUCUAGACCAAUGAGAGUAGUGAGAAUCUCCUUUGUCACUCCCCCCUUGCAUCAGGCCAAUGAGAAUAGAGAUGGUCAACAACGUUCCACCCCUUAUGCAUGGACCAAUCAUAGGAGUGAUACCCACCUGCGCCUCUGCUCCCUGCCAUGCUCUGGGCCAGUCAGAGCAGAGAGUAAAUAUUUUGAUGUUAGAUAAAGACUUUGUAAAAUUCCUCCCAUGUUUUUAUAAUGGGAGUAUAGUUAGUGAUUGUUUUGUUUUUGUACAUUUUAGAUACUUUUCAUAGAGAUAAUUUUCAAAUCUUUGAUAAUUAAGACGUUUAUGGAGCAAAGGAUCCAGCAGCAGACUGGAUCAACAACUGACUGUUACCGUGACAACAAAAUAACAAUCAGAGCAGUGCUGACUUCCACAAAUCUAUACGCAGUUUUUAUAUGCAAUCUGAUGCUAUAGGUAUGUAGAUAAUCAGCUAUGAAUGCAGAGUGACCAAACUGACUCAAAAGUGCUUUUACUUCAUAAAUAUAAGAUACAAUGUACAAUAAUUUGUGUAUUUUUAAAGAAUAAACCAGAAAUAUUUGACAAUGUAAAUAUAUUUGUCAAAAGUUUUGUUGCACGCAUGAUUAUUAACUACAAAAUUGUACUACAAAAUUAAAUUACGUAAAAAUUCUGUACCUGAUUUUUCCCAUGUAUUUGACCAAAAUGUGUCUGGCCCCAGCACAGAUAUAUUGUAUAACCACUCUUGAGGUCAAAAUAAGUGUGUACUGUGUACUGUCUGUAUCUAAUUAUAAAGCGUGUGCUAACAUGCUAGUUGUUCAUUUUACCAUGAUGGGAAAACUCUGCUCUGGUCUCUGAAAGUUGUGUAAAGCACUUUCAAAUGUAUCAUGGUGAAUAAUUAAGAUGCUCAGAAUGCAUAAGGUGAGUGAGGAAUAACUUUAGACCCCUGCAAAUCAUUUAACAUGACCUAGAUCAAUUUUUGUCACGUUCUGAUUAUUGUAAAAAAUCAGGUAC